GAGAGACUGGCGCCUUCAGAAUGAGGAAGCCCCUGUGUGAGGCUCGGGUCUGGUCUGCAGCUGCACACAUUAAACAGCGACAACGUGACCAGCACAGGACCAAAACACAGGUAAACGUGACCCAGAUCAGCGCCUGUGUUCAUGCGUAGAGCCCUCUGCGCUGGGGACAUGUCUGCACUCUAAAUCAGACGUGGAGUUCGCCAUUUUGGGGCUGGAUUCGAAACAUCACAGCGCAACAAUGGCGAUGCGUGAAAUUGAGCCUUACAUCUUCGAUCCGGAGUCUGACUCUGAGGCUGAGAACGAGGUGCACGAGGAACCAAAGAGACGACGUGGUGUUUCAGGAACAGGCCAGAGCACUUACUGGGUCCAAAAUGGUGAUGAGUUCUGUCCUCAGUACAAAAGCAUUUCAAACACUUCAUAUCACCCUGGAAGCAUAGAAGUUACAUUUGAGCCUGACCAGACAGAGGGUUAUAUGAGCGGAACAGAGGCACCUGCUCAGAGCGAUGAAUAUGAAGAUGAAGAGGAAGAGGAGGGAGGGGACAAAGGUGACCAGAGCUCAGAUGAGGACUGGCUUCCUCAGACUUUGACAGAGGAAGGAAGUGAAGAAGUGAGAAGAAACACUUCCUCAGAGGAAAGUUCUGAUGAUGAGGAGCUCGAUGACGAUCAGAAACCUCCUCGUGAACCGAAGAAAAAGCAGCUGUGCACAGAGUGUGGUGCCUUUUAUUGUACUCCAAAACACAUAUGUGAGCACAAAACUAAACCAUACGCCUGUAAUGUCUGUGGUAAGAGAUGUGUGACUCAGCUGUCUCUAAAAUUACACAGUAACAUACACAGUGAAGCAUAUGAACAUUAUUGUAAAUACUGCUAUGCCACUUUUAAAACUAAACUGGACAAACUUGCACAUGAGGAAAUCCACCAGAAUCAACCAAGGCCAUACAAAUGUCCUGACUGCACUGUCACAUUUGCUAAAAAUACAGAACGCAGAAAGCAUAUGAAAAAACACAAAGGCCCAGAUGAAUUCAAAUGUGACAUUUGCGGAUUGGCAAUUGGGAAAAAGCACAAACUCCGACAUAUGAUGAUUCACACAGGAGCAAAGCCCUUCAAGUGCCCAACGUGUGAUCGAACUUUCAACCAAUCAGGCAAUCUUAAGUCUCACAUGCGCGUGCACACGGGAGAGCAGCCUUAUAAAUGUCAGCACUGUGGCAAAUCUUUUAAUCACAAUGUGAGCCUGAAGAGCCACAUGCAGCGCUACCACCCCCUGGAGUCUGGGGGCGAGAAAGACACUGACACUAAAAGUUCAGAUAAUGUGACUGACUCGACAGACAGUGUCCAAAACCAGGACACAGACACGAUCCAGCAGGUGAAGGUUAAGCAUAGUGCUGCUGGCCGACCCCUGGGGAGGCCUAAAAAACCUCCAACUUUAGUCGGAGAAAGCUCCUGGUUCAGAUUUGAACAAAAUGAAAUUGGCUUUAAAGAGUUUGAUGAAAGUCAGGACUUUAGAGAUGAUGACAGUCACUCAGUCGAUUUACACAAAGAGAAACAAGAACAAAACAAACUGAAAUCUACAUCAGACAGUGACAAUGACUAUGACCCAGAGAACGAAACAUUUAGUUCUGGAAAACAAAGGGGACAGCCAAGGAAAACAUAGUUACUGAUAGUUAUUAAAAAUUUCUAUGUAAAAUUGAUUCUUAACGAUAUUAACGAUCAUAUCAUCAGUGCUCCAGUCAUGCAUUAUUUUAAGUAUGUUAGUUUUUUUUAAUGUAAUGUAGAUUAAAACCUGUAAGAAUAACAACACAUAGACUAUUUAAACUGAAUCAACAAGUGUUUGACAAACCAGUGACAGUAAAUGGUGCCAUAACCUCCUGUUGAAACUGAGGAUGUCUGAGUCUCUAAUAAACCACAGGCUGUACUUUUGUG